GUAUAUUUACUGCACAUUUCAAAAAGUUGCCAUCAAAUGUGAAUUGGCCUGCUGGCCCAAUGGCAAGGCGCUUGACUACGAUUCAUUCGAAAUCAAGAGAUUGCAGGUUCGAUCCCUGCGUAGGUCACAAACUUCCUUUUUUGCGAUCUGCUUGUUACUCGCAAGUUUAUUUUUGCUUCUUUGGUUUUUCGGCUUUUUGCCAUCGUCAUCACUAUUUCGAGAAGCAGAAGUCGUGGUGUAUUGGUAUUAGGCGAGGAUUAAAAGCUGCGCAGAGAGAUCUUUCGUACGAAGUAACUGUGUCUUCCAGACCUGCAAGUGUGGGGAUCAUCAUCUGAAGGCGAUGUAUGGUAGGGCAGCUGGAAACGGGGAUGGAACUUGUGUGAGCUUUUGCACUAGUAUUGUGUGGAGGAACUUUGUAUCGAG